AUGUUGAGUGAGAGGCCACAGUUGGAUCAGGCCGCAGGGCUUAAGAUGGGGGUUAAUGGAUUCCGCUUUAUCGGAUUGGCCGGGCUCCUGUGGGUUGUGAAGAAUUUUUCAGGCCUUCCCGCCGACUUUGUGUCUGUGGUGAAAGCAGAGAAACGGCCCCUUCGUCAUGCAACCGGGCCGGCCAAUUUGACCACCCCACCUCCCACUUUGUCCCAGUCAGUCAAGACGAUAAGACCCCAUGUUCUGACUCGCGACGUUCUGAUUGGUUGGCCUUAUCGUCUGCCCAGCCUCAUCAGCCAAUCAGCAUCGCGAUUCUGUUGUCCUAGCCCUCAAGGCCAGUUUCCCUCUUCUUUCGACUGGGUUGGUCGGUCGGUCGGUCGGCAGAUAGGCACAUGCUCGUGA